AUGAUGCACUUGGACGACCAUCGCCGACUCCUGUCGAUGCCCCCUGCACAGCCGCUCGCCUUGUCAUCUCUCUUGACACCACCGACGCCCGCCAGCCGCGGCCGCCGCAGCUACACGCCCCAGUUCUCGUCCGCGGCCGCGCAGGCCAUUCUCGAGCGCUUCCGCACAAGCCGCCGUGAUGAGGUCGACGGCAACAGCAUCGCCGAGCACGAUCCCACGUCGAUUGUCGUCGGUGGUUCCGCAACGCCGCCCAGCGAGGCCGAGCCGCGCACGAUGCCCAUGCCGGUGCGCAAGAAACGCGGCCGGCGCCGGGGCGGCCACGACAGCGACAACAUCGCGAACUUCGACAACACCGCCGUGAUGAUGCUGGCCUCGCCCACGCCAUCGUCGCCGCCGUCCCGUGCCAGCUCGUAUGCCGGCUCCGUCUUGUCGGGUGUGUGUGCGGCGGCGGCUCGGAAACCAGUGUGCACGGUGUGUGAGCGGCCGGCGCGCUCGACGCUCAACCCGCUCGUGUCGUGCUGCGGAUGCCGUCGGUGCUGGCACCGUCUGUGUCACGAUCCUGUGAUUGCCGACCACGUGGCCGCGGCAGCAGCAGCGUGGGCCAGCGCGGGGGCCGUGACCGCGAACGGGGUGCUGGAAAUCGAAAACGGAGACGGCGUCGACGGCAACGGCAAUGGCGUGGAAACGCGCACGCUAGACACGACUGGCGCAACCGCUGCUGGUGCCGUCCCUUCCUCUGGCUGGUCCUGCCCCGCCUGUACGGCGGCCGCCGCCACCCGGCACACGGAACGCCUCGCCCGCCGUGCCUGUGCAGAACGGCCGCCCGACGCGCUCCGUGUCCCGGCUCGGCCGCCGCCACCCACGCACCACGACCUGAGCCGCCGCACACCGCAGCAGCGCCGCGCGUACCUGGCCCGCCUCGCGCGGCCCGACCUGCAGGCGUGGCUGUUGUACGCCAUGGCCCAGCAUCCGGACCUGGCGGUCUACCCGCCGCUGCCGCCGAUGCCGCCGACGCCCAAGGUGGAUGCACAACCGACGGCAGCGACGGCAGCGACGGCAGCGAUGGCAGCGAUGGCGGGCCGCGCGUCUGGCCACGCGGGCCGAGGGGCACAAGGAAGCAGCCUCCGACGUGGCCCCGGUCGACCGCCGCGCGGCUUCUUGCCGCCCUUGCCGCUCUUGCCUGCCAGCGGCCGCGUCGCGAUGAGCGCCGUCUACAAGGCGACCAGCACGAGUCCGACCUUCCGCCAGAGCGUCAUCAAGUCGCUGCGCCACAAGCACAGGGACUUUGUUGCCGCCGCCGAAGCCGCCGAGCGCGCCGCGCGCAUCGCCGCCGGGCUGCCGGUGAAGCGCAAGCGGGGGCGCCCGCCCAAGGUGCGGCCACUCGAGGACGAGCGGCUGCUGCUGCUGCCGCAGGAGCCGUCGACUGCGGUGUCGACGGCGGUGUCGACGGCGCAGACGCCCCAGGCCGCCCAGACGGCACGUCCUACACGCCCCCGCCUGGUCGACCCCGCCCACAUCCCUGCCUUUGUGCCCACACCCGUCGACCCCGACGAAGAAGACCCGACGGGCCUGAUGGCCGGGUGGCCGAAACCGGGACAAGGCCUGUACGCACGUCUGGGACCCGACUGGCUGCCGUCGACGGCGUCCAAGAACGGCGACAACACCGGCCAGGACAACACGGGCGGCGACGCGCUGGUCGACAGCAACGACCACGCGAGUUUCAGCUCGAUGGUGUUUAGCGGGGGACGCAAAAUAAUGGAGAACGGGCAGCCGGUGCUGGUGCUAUAG